AUGAUGGUCAAGAGGAGCCAGAUAUACAAGACGGAGCAAGUGAGACUGUCCCUGCAAAGGCUGGUUGAACGCAUUGUGCACAUAAGUCAAGAUGCUAAGGCCAAGGCCAGAGCCAGCAGUACACCCAGAUCCCGACUGAACGAGGAGGGGCGUAUUGGAAGGAGUAUCACCGAUCCGUUUCAGUUCGGUGGACAUGGAGGAGAUGGCGAAUUUCGUGGAAGAGAUGACCCUUCUGGCCUCCUGCUCUCAGAAGGGGCCUUUACAUUUCUCUUGCAGGAUGAAGUUGUCCAGCGGUGCCUUCAGGAGCUGGACAUCAAUCUUGGAACCGACAACGCGGGCAUCUUCCGCGGUUUAAGGAAUGAUGGCAAUGGCCAGGUACGGCUCCAAGUGCUACUUGAGAUGUUGAUGAAGCUCCGUGGCGAUGCCUCCAAGGCAGAUCUCGUAAUGCCCGCGGUGAUGGUGGAUGACCUUGCACACGAUGUCCAAGAAGUACAGGAGAUAGUCGCAAGGCAGCAGAGGCAUCCCCGCAGGACUACUCAAGACAUGCUGCGCCAAGGUGGGGCAAAGGCGCUGGGGGAGGCGGGAUAA